AAUUCCAAAGACCAAAAGACCCAAAAAAAAACCUGACAUUCCCCCCCCCCCCCAACUCUCUCACUCAAGGAAGGCCCCAUUGAAAGAGUUGUUCAGAGCAAGGAAAAAUGAGAAAUAUGAUGAUGUCAUCAGCAGCAUUGUUUUUCUUCUUGUUAUUGUUGUUGGUAGCAGAAGAAGCUUCAUGUUCCUACAGGCCUCAAAUGCUAUCAGCAUUCCAAGCACAAGCAACAAAGCUCCAACAAAAACCAUCCACUUUCUCAUUUUCUGCAGCUUCAAAUGUCACAGUGAAUGGGAGGGUGUUUUACCCAAUCGGGUAUGGGGCAGACCCGACUGGUGAGGAGGACAGCACAGCUGCCCUACUCAAAGCAGUGGAGGAAGCUUUUCAGUUGAAAUCUGAGCUUGAAUUGCUGCCUGGAAUCACUGACUUGGGAGGAGUUACCAUUGAUCUGCAAGGUGGAAAUUACAAAAUUAGCCAGCCUUUGAUUUUUCCGUCAGGUGGUGGCAAUGUUGUGGUACGAGGAGGAACCCUUCGUGCCUCAUCCACAUUUCCAGGGGACCGCCAUCUCAUUGAACUAUGGUCACAAAAUUCCCAAAAACAGAAACAAAAAUCCUCCAUCGCCAAUAAUUAUUUCACAAAUGAAGCCCAAAACAAUGAAGCAAUCUACUACGAGGACAUCACAUUCCGAGACGUUCUCUUCGAUUCGGGCUUCCGAGGAGGAGGCAUUUUCAUUGUCGAUUCAGCCCGAAUCCGAAUAACCAACUGCUUCUUCCUCCACUUCACAACAGAAGGCAUUUUGGUUCAAAAGGGCCAUGAGACCUACAUAUCAAACACCUUCCUAGGGCAACACUCAACGGUUGGUGGUGACAGCGGCGAGCGGCAAUUUACGGGGACUGCCAUUGACCUAGCCAGCAAUGACAAUGCCAUAACUGACGUGGUAAUAUUCUCAGCUGCUAUUGGUGUUGUUCUGAGGGGCCAGGCUAACAUGGUCACUGGUGUACAUUGUUACAAUAAGGCCACAGGGUUUGGAGGCAUAGGCAUUUUGGUAAAAUUAGCAGGAAAUUCACAAACCAGAUUGGAUAAUUGCUACCUGGAUUAUAAUGCUAUAGUUAUGGAAGAUCCGGUGCAAGUACAUGUCACAAAUGGAUUCUUCUUAGGUGGUGCAAAUAUAGUGUUGAAAUCUGUCAAUGGAAAAAUAUUUGGAUUAAAUAUUGUAAACAAUAUGUUUACAGGGGGAGGCUCACAAGUGCCGAUGGUCCAGUUAGAGGGGCAAUUCGGGGAUAUUGAUCAGGUGGUGAUUGAUCAGAACAAUGUGAAUGGGAUGACCUUGAAAUCAACGGUGGGAAGGUUGAAUGUGGAGGGCAAUGGGACGAAAUGGACGGCUGAUUUUUCAUCUGUGUUGGUCUUUCCCAACAGGAUUAGUGGUUUUCAGUACUCGUUUUAUACAAAAGGGGACACCAAGUUUACAGCACAUGCUGUGACAAAUAUCUUGAACAAUGCGGUGGUUGUGGAGAGUGAAAAGGUUGUAAAUGCUGUGGUUCUCUGGUUGUUCACCAGUAGAUUAAUAUAUCUAAUCAGAUCAGAAGUUCGAUGCAUAAGUUUAAUCAUUUACUGCUUGUAAUAAUACUUUUCAUUGAUUAAUAUAUGAAAGAAAAAUGAGAUUUAUAGUGGGACAA